AUGGAUUCUUCCGGCCGAAAAAUUAUUGUUGUUGAUAAUGGAUCCGGGUUUGUAAAAUGUGGUUAUGCUGGAACUAAUUUUCCCUCACAUAUCUUUCCUUCCUUGGUAGGAAGACCUAUUGUUCGCUCAUCACAGCGUGUAGGAAACAUUGAAGUUAAGGAUCUAAUGGUAGGAGAAGAAGCUUCACAACUCAGACAAAUGCUUGAUAUUUCUUAUCCAAUGGAUAAUGGAAUUGUUCGAAACUGGGAAGAUAUGGCUCAUGUUUGGGACCACACUUUUGGUCCUGAAAAACUCGAUAUUGAUCCCAAGGAUUGUAAAUUGCUACUUACUGAGCCACCGUUGAAUCCCUUAUCGAACCGUAAACGGCUUUUCGAAGUUAUGUUCGAACAAUACGGAUUUCAUUCUCUUUACGUCGCCGUCCAGGCUGUUCUCACACUUUAUGCUCAAGGAUUACUUACUGGAGUUGUUGUUGAUUCAGGAGAUGGUGUUACUCACAUUUGUCCUGUGUAUGAAGGAUUUGCUCUCCAUCAUCUCACAAGACGUUUAGACAUUGCUGGACGUGAUAUUACCAAAUAUCUCAUCAAGCUGCUAUUGCUUCGUGGUUACAACUUUAAUCACUCCGCUGAUUUUGAAACUGUACGUCAAAUGAAGGAGAAGCUUUGCUAUGUCGCCUACGAUAUUGAACAAGAGCAGAAGCUUGCCCUUGAAACUACAGUUCUCACCCAGAAUUACCAAUUACCCGAUGGGCGUGUAAUAAGAAUUGGAGGAGAAAGAUUUGAAGCUCCUGAAGUUCUGUUCCAACCUCAUUUAAUCAAUAUUGAAAAGCCGGGACUAUCUGAACUUUUGUUUGGAUGUAUCCAAUCUAGCGACAUUGAUACUCGUCUUGAUUUUUAUAAACAUAUCGUUCUAUCCGGAGGAACAACUAUGUAUCCUGGACUUCCAAGUCGUUUGGAACGGGAGUUGAAACAAUUAUACUUCGAUCGUGUUCUAAAAGGCAAUGCUGAAGCCUUCCAGAAAUUCAAAAUCAGAAUCGAGGCACCUCCCAGACGUAAGCAUAUGGUUUUCUUAGGAGGAGCUGUACUCGCCAAUCUGAUGAGAGACCGCGACCAGGACUUCUGGAUCUCGAAAGCCGAGUAUGAGGAAGCUGGUUUAGAACAUUGCAUGAAGAAAUUGGGCAUCAAGUAA